UCUCUUUGCCAGCUUGUGAGCUCCGCUGGGAAUGGGAUGGAGGUGAUGGCGCCUGCGCCUGGAGCCGUCCUGGGAAACGCGUCGGAAGUUCCCACGCCAGCUUUUGCUAAGAGGCCCGAGAAGCCCGAUGGUCGUGCCGAGACCAUGAAAUUGACCCGUAAAGCGGUUUUGUCUCGAGCGAAGGCUACGAGCCUCGGAGGGGUCCGGAAGCUGAAUUGCUGGGGAAGCCGUAUCGCGGAUAUAACAAUCUGCCGUGAGCUUCCCAAUGUUGAGGUGAUCACAUUCAGUGCAAAUAACAUCUCCAGUCUGGAACCUAUUAACCAGUGCCAGAAGCUAACUGAGCUUUAUCUCAGGAGAAACUGUAUUUCAAGCCUCCAUGAGCUGUUCCACUUGAAAAAACUGCCCUACCUGAGAAUCCUCUGGAUGUCUGAGAAUCCCUGCUGUGGCUCUGACCUCCAUCACUACAGAAUGACAGUGCUGCGUAAUCUUCCUAGUCUCCACAAGCUUGACAAUAAAAUGGUGACAGAGGAAGAACUGUCACAUGCACUAUUAGAAGGAGAAGAGAUAACAACACCCCCAGUUAAAACAGAUGUAGACAGCUGCUGCCAAUACUCUAACACUGAGUCCAGCACGACAGAAUCUACAACAGAAAAUGAACUUGUGAACUUCAGCCUUGAGGAGACAAAUAAAAUCCGUGAGCAGCUUGGUAUGAAGCCUGUUGUUCCGAGAGAGAAAUUUUCACCCCCAGAAGUAGGUGGUAACCGGAAAAAAUGGAACAAUAUCCUCAGUGCCAUCAUGCUGCUCCUAGAAGAGCUGGAUUCAGAGGGUUUAGAAGUCCUCCAUCAAACGGUUGGAAACAAACUCCAAGCCUUGCAGAAGAAGGAACUCCAUGAGGACCGAUAGCACAUCCUAGGCAACUAUUUGUGGAUCAGCAGAAUUCAUUUCACUAGCCUUCUAGCAUCCUUUGUGUGCUGUUGGGCUUCCCAUGAGAAUGUAUGAUUGUGUCCAGAAAAAACAAGCACAUCCUGUGUUUCAUGUGCUAGAAGCAUGUUCUACAAUAAUUUUUCAUCUACAAUUUGUGUGCCUACAUUUAUGCAACUAGUACCCCACCUUCCACAAAGGCUGGCAGCAGAGAUGGCAAACAAGCAUGUAUAGAGCUACAGACAGUACUUGUCAUUUGGAAAAGGAUGUAUUUCACCUCUUGUUACUGCCUUCCAGCUAGAAGAAUCAUGCCUAUACUCAUGGCUUUGUCAGACUAAGCUUGUGAUACAUCUGACUUGGUGAGCAUGGUGGCCUUCCCUAAUAUCCCAAUACUGGAGCAAGACUAAGCUUCAUGUCUCCAUCUUCUCUUUCUACAUUUAAUAGUGUUUGAUAAUCCUGUCCUCAAAGCCAGAAUUUCAUAAAACAUUAAAACUAAAAAAGAAAAAUCACUGAAUGUUUAAAUUAAAAGCUUGAGGAAGUCAUAAUUCUUCCUCUACUAAGUAACUUGAACUUGAUGAAAAAAUUGUCACUUGCAGUAAAUUUUGAAUUACAAUUCCAUAUUAUAACUCUGAAUGUUUCCCUCUGUCCAUGCAGCCUUCUAGAAAAAUAAAUGUUAUUCGAGGGGAGGGUAUAACAUCAGUGUGAUUCUGUAAGGAACCAGCAUUAGUCUCUGCUGUACUGAACAAAAUCCACUUCAGUAUAAUCUGAGAUAGUGGGUCCUCCAGCCUCUCUAGUCUGUCAAGCUGCGUCUAGUGCAGGAGCUUCACUAUGCUGUGAAAUAGGUAGAAUUUUCCUUCCAUAAGAUGAAGAUCCUUUGACUAAUGGCUGUGGUUGCAAAUUGUGUGCUUUUUUGUUGAUUCUUUAUAGAACACUGACCCAGAUCUGUGUUUAUCUCUGUAUGGAUAGGACUAUCUGGCCCUUACUAACUUGGUUAGCAGCAAGUUCCACUUGUAACUUGGGAUUUUUUGCUUCUGUUGAUCAACAUUUCUGGGGUGAUGUUACCAUACAAAUGAAAAUAAAAUAAACCCCCGUUUUCAAUCCUCUAAAAAUGUCUUUCUAUGAGCUAGGGUGGUGGAAAAAUUGGGGCCUACACUGUUAUAUUGUCCAGCUCCACCUAUUUGAUUAAUAAUGUCGACAAAAUCAUAUGUAAGCUAAAUGACUCAGUGAUGUAUAGAAAAAUACAAUGUUCUUGUAACACUUAAAUCUUGAUUUUUCAGGAAUGCUUCUGGUGUUUCAAUCCUUGGUACUUAAUUGGCCAUCAGUAUUUUAUGUAUGCAAAAAGUGGUUAAGUCAAGUCCUCUGGUUUUGCCAUGAUUCCAAAUGGUAUGUGUCCUUUCUAGCAGAUGUUUUAAAAACAGUACUUCCUUCCCGUGAUUAGGGCUUCAGGGUAAAUACUUGCAUGACAUGAAUUCUUAUCCCCAACCAUUACAGCUGUGCAUCACUUUGUUCUGGAAGCAUUAUCUUCAUCCAAGUUUACAUAGGAAUCAAGAUUUUUGCUCGAACUAUGGUAAACAACUAUGGUUUAUCAAAAGAAUAGUAGCAAUUCAGAGGAUGUUGAAAGGAUAGUAUUUGUAAAGUUUUAAAUAAAAAGGCACCAGCUAUAUUUGAAUAGUUUCCUUAUAGAUAGCAAGGAAUCGCUUAGGGGGAAAAACUGGGCAGAUACCAACCAGUUACAUUUUUCUCAGAAAAGCUGAAUUACUUUGAGAACUGGGCUAUAAGGGGAAUCCAGCAUAUAUUCUUGUAAAAAUGGGUUACAUUGCAUUAUCUACUAUAGAAUAUUCUACUGUCACAGUUAUGAAGGAAGUGUGAACACCAAAGGUGUUAUCUUACUAUAUUUUUGCUGGUGAAACUUAAAUAUCUUCACAAAAGUAUUAUACUACAGUGAAAAAAGCCUAAUAAAGUCAAACACAAAAGAUUGAAAGAAGGAAAAAAAAGUGAAAUAUGCCACAUAUCAAUAAAGCAAAUAGCUUAAUCACAAAGUAUCAAAAUAUGUGCAGUAUUUUAAAUAAACUGAGUAGGAGUGAGGAACCAGAUCUUGUAAGCAUAAUUUUUCUUGUGAUUGAAAUCCACCAGUCAGGAAGCGGAUAAUGGUGUCUUUAUAAUGUUGACUAUCUUGUUAGAUUUUUUUUCUCUCCUCUGGUCUGGUUGUCUUAAUCUUAAUAUUCAUAAAUGCUUGUGUACUACCUUAGAAUUUUUUUGCCUUGACACAGUUGAAUUUGAUUAUUUUUAAUUAUUCCUUCUCGUGAAUAUCUAAUUGGCUCUCCUAAAGUUUUAUAUUCUGGAAAAAUUCACUUAAGGUUUAAAAAAUCAGCAAAAGCUUCAACCUAUCCUGUACUGGAAUACCAUCAACUCACAGAAGUUUUUGCAAGUGACACUUAAGAACAUAUUUUUAAUAUUGAGAAAUAUUACUUGUGAAUAGCCUCAAUGUUUCAUUUUUAUAGAAGAGGGUGAGUUCAGAAUCCUAACUCAGAUUUCUGAAGGUUUUUCAUUUGAGAGAGAUUCUGUAUGAAUUAAAGCACCGGCUUAAAGAAAAUUGGAUUAUUUCUUUGCAGCCCUAUGAACUUUAUGUGAACUGUAGGGGGAAGGAUCAUUGCUAUUAAAAAGCACAGGUGCUGUUAAGAAUCUGAUCUUUCUCCUGGACACUUUUCUUAACCUAACAAAACAUGGCAUUUACAGAUAAAGGGUGCCAACCCUCCCUUCAUUUUCUUCAAAUGUAUAUUCCAGAAUUAGAGCUUAAUUUUCAAGCCUUCUGAACUGGAUUGUGGAUGGCAGAACCACACUUAUAUUUUUGUUCAACCUACUGACAGCAUGAUGCUAAAGUUUCGUGCUAUUAGUAUGUUAUUCUAAGGUUAAUGAGUAUAUGCUACUAUUAUACUUCCCCCUCCCCCUAUUCCUUUUUACCCAGGAAUGAAUGAAAUCCAGAU